UUAUCGCGGAGCCAUCGACGACGAAGAGUGACGGAAAGAGUACUCCCACUACGGUGACAACGCAGCGGUCAUGAAUUUGGAACUCAUCCCGGGCAUCUUGCCUCCAUCGAGGGAGACCUGGCAGACCAUUGCGUGGGCAUGGCAAUUCCUCCCCCUUUUCUCCGUUGUCAAUUGGAUGACCGACUACUUCCCCAUGGGCAAGACAUCUGUCGAAUCCCGCUGGAACCUUCCCGGGAAAUGGGCAUGGCUCUUCAUGGAAAUCCCUGGUUUCAUAACAGUACUCUACUGCAUGUUCGCCAUUCCCGCCCGCGAGAACCUUCCCGGACUUCCUUGGGCCAACUGGACCAUGGCCGGCGUCUACACAAUCCACUACAUCUACCGCGCCAUCAUCUCCCCUCUUUUCCUCAACCCGUCCAUGUCGCCUAUCCAUCCUUUUGUCUUCGUCAGCGCUUUCGCCUGGCAAGUCACGAAUGGCCUCUCCAUCGGCGGGUGGGUGGGCGGCUACGGUCCUCGCACCGUCUACGAUUGGUCCGGAAAGCUGUACACCAUCGAAGUCGGCCUCGUGAUCUGGGGCUGGUCGUUCCUGGGAAACAUCUUCCACGACGACGAUCUGCGGGAGAUUCGCCGCGCGGCGUUGCGCAGACAAAAGGAACAGGCGGCCAAGGACGGUAAGCCGCUCGCUGGCGUGGACAAGUUGUAUAUGAUGCCGAAGAACGGAUUGUUUCACUUUGUGCUGUUUCCGCACUAUUUGUGUGAGUGGAUGGAGUGGGUCGGAUUCUGGAUGAUUGGAGGCUGGGAUUGCGUGCCUGCGAGGAGCUUUUUGUUGAAUGAGAUUGCGACGAUGCUGCCUAGAGCGGUUGCGGGGAAGAGAUGGUACGUGGAGAAGUUUGGCAAGGAGGCGGUGGGAAAUCGGAAGGCGAUUAUUCCGGGGUUGAUUUGA